UGUAAACGCGCGGCCGUGAAGCGGGGACCGCCCUGACAGAGCGGCGGAGGCUGACUGACACCGAGGCUGAAAACAUGUCGACUCUCCGGGCCGAGCCGAGCGAACGGGACGGUCGCACACACGCAGGACUGAGCCAUGGAACCACAGCGCCGCGUUGUUGACGUCCCUCCGAGCCGUGAGUGAUGCUCUCGAGAAAGAAAAGUAAAAACGAAGCGUCCAAACCGGCCGAGGUUCACGGGAAGUAUGUGAAGAAGGAAACGUCGCCGCUCCUCAGAAAUCUGAUGCCCUCAUUCAUCCGCCAUGGACCCACUAUUCCCAGACGCACAGAGGUCCCUCUGCCAGAGAUGGGGCCCUCCGCAUACCCUCCUCCCAGCCGGGAGCCCGUGGUGUCCCGCAACCAGAGUUUCCUCCGCACCCCCGUGCAGAGGCCCGCACAUGAGGUGGCCCGCAGAGAGAGCCACCGCAUGUCAGCACCCCCAUACCUGCCUCGCAGUCUGGGGGACCUCCCCCACGAGUACGGAGGCUCCUCACAGUCUUUCCUCACAGACGUGAGCCCCAUGUCUGAGAAUGGAGACGCGGGCCGGUAUUAUUACCCCUCUGAACCUUACUAUGACAGCCAGCAGCAGCAGCAGCAGCACCAACAACAGCAGCAGCAGCAGCAGCAACAGCAGCAGCAGCAGCAGCAACAACAGCAGCAGCAGCAGCGUCAGCCCAUGAUGGUCCCAGAUCGCUUUCCUGAGGACUAUAGAUACUAUGAGCACAAUGAACACAACUUCCAAAGAGUUCCCCGACAGCACACUCCCCCAGCUCCGAGCAGACCCCCUUCAGGCAUAGGUCGAAUACAGGCCAAAUCCUUGGGGAACCUCUCCAAUCUGACGGGAGAGGACCUCCCACUUCCGGCCGGCUGGACCGUGGACUGGACCAUCCGUGGCAGGAAGUACUACAUCGACCACAACACCAACACUACACACUGGAGCCACCCUCUGGAGAGGGAAGGGCUCCCUCCAGGCUGGGAGAAGGUGGAGUCAGCCGAGUUCGGGGUCUACUACGUGGAUCACAUCAACAAGAGGGCCCAGUAUCGCCACCCCUGUGCUCCAAGCGUCCCUCGCUAUGAUCAACCCCCACCACUACCACCUCCUGUGACCUAUCAGCCACGUCCCGUAGAUAGGAACCAGCCGGUGCUGGUGCCAGCUAACCCGUACCACACAGCUGAGAUUCCAGACUGGCUGCAGGUGUACGCCCGUGCACCACUAAAGUACGACCACAUCCUGAAGUGGGAGUUGUUCCAGCUGGCGGACCUGGACACGUAUCAGGGCAUGUUGAAGCUGCUCUUCAUGAAGGAGCUGGAGCACAUCGUCAAAUCCUACGAGGCGUACCGACAGGCGCUGCUGUCCGAGGUGGAGGCCCGCAAGCAGCGGCAGCAGUGGUACGCCCAGCAGCCCAACAAGAACUUCAUGGGGAACAUGUGAUGUGUAUGUGCACUCAGGAUGCCGCACCGCAACACGCCCCUCUGUGGUCACCACAGUUUGGGAGCGGUCAGGGUUUCUCUUUGAAAUCGUGAUUGACUCUUAAUUGCCUCUUUACCAAACACAUCUGUGCCUUCGCUUGAUCCAAAUAUAUCAGCCAGGAAGUUGAGACGCACGACAGCGGGGGGGGGGGCUCUUCUCUUCCCUCCCCUCCCCCCGCCCCUAAUAUGACAGGAUUCUUGAAUGAUCCUGUGAUUGAAAAACACUACAAUGAAGAAGAAGAAGAAGAAAAAAGACGUAUAAUGUGCUACAUCUGGGGAGACUGCCUGCGGUGCCCUUUACAGCCACUGCCCCGAGAACCGAGUUGCUGUUUGGAUUUGAGUUUUAAAGACUGAGGAGAACAGAGACUGAAAAACCCGUUGUUGAAAAACACCCUGAGAUUGUGCCUUCUUUUUUCUUUUUUUUUUUAAACGAAUAAAACGCAGCAUUUUUACAAUGUCUGCUCAUAUCGUGUAUCCACCAGCUCCUACGUCAUUUUUUCCUCUGGGAGAAAACGACCGGCAGCUUCUUCUAAUUUGUUCCCAUACGAAAUACUAUUUUUCCUUUUGCUUUGUUACCCUCAUAAAACUGAAGCCACAGUCUUUUUACACUACACAAAAAGUGUGCAUUUUUUCUUAUUUUAUGACAAACUGUUUGCUUUACGAGACAAUCCACCAAAACUCUGAACAGAUAUUUAAGUUUUGAUAUGAAACGCGUCUUUGCUUAAAGACCUUUUGACGGAUGGCGCAUCACAGUGGAUGCAGUGGUUGGAGCUUCUCUUGGCUCUUUGGCAUUACUGUAAGUCAGGAAUAUACUUGUGUUUGUGUACAAUGAAACUUAAAUAAGCUACUGGAACGUUUUUAAAACACUACAGAAGACACAAAGUUUGCCAAACAAGUGCAAUUCAAUUUCUCUCUAGAUAUUUCUCGCCUCGUGAUGCCUUAUUUUCACGGACUGACACGUCUCUCUUGUGAAGCGCAGGUUCUUGGAAGAUUAUUCUAUUGAUUAACAAUAAAUUAAACAUUUUUUUAAGAUAUUCAGAAGUGUCCUUAAAUCUGAGGUAUUGUCUAGAGAAGACAGGAGUCAGUGUUUAACUAUGUUUUAAAAAGUUUACGACUCUAACUUAUAAACCGGGGUUUGGUUCUAUUUUGAAUAUUAAGUAGUUUAUAGUACAUUUGUAUGAGAAUUUCUGAAUUUCCAUACACUUCUGAAUUUCCUAAAAAGACGUGUGUUGCAGUAGAAUAAGUUCAUAAAGAACCUUUUGGCUUCUCUAAAACGAAAAAGUCUCGAUCACAUCUUUUCAGAAUGGUGUCAACAGCAGUUUGUACAUAUCUCAUGUUGUGGAUUACAAAUACAGGACAAAAGCAAUAAAGUCUGCAGUGAAGAAAAA